CCAUCAGGCCAUCCGUAGUUUAUUUUUUCUCCUGUGUUUUAAAACACCGUAUUUAAGAAAUGCACCCAAGGCCAAUCUUGCCCAUUAGACCCAAAAAUCGUCUUUAUUUUAGAUUAUGGACAUUAUACCCGUCCUCAAUUUGUACCUGUCGUAUUGUUUUAGCGAAGAAUGCAAAUUAAUAAUUGACCGAAAAUGAGAGAACAAUCUCUUUCUUGGUCAACUACCGCUGCCCCGGAGGCAUAAAUGGUAAACUCACCGGGAUCUGACCGAGAACAGGGGAUCCGGCUGGAUCAUCUCCCGUCGGCGCUCCUCGCCACCCUGAUGACAAAGCUUGACAUUCCCUCCAUACGCUCCCUCGCGUGCACUUGCAAGGCCUUAUACUCAUGCGCCUCUCAGAUAGCCUCUUUCCUUCCCUUUUUCCAUCUUCUGGAUAUUGCUCCCUCCGCGGAUAUGCUGAGACCAUUGUUGCCUCCCAACCAUUACCUGCGAAGCAUAAAGCUGGAUUGCACUCGCCUAGACGAUUCCUCGCUCGAUUUUAUCCUCCCUCCGACUUUACAAGAGCUUUGCCUCCAUAAUUGCUUCGAUUUUAGCGGAAAGCUUCUUUCUCAAGUAGGUCGUGGCUGCGCAGAUCUCAGGUUUCUGUAUUUGAGUUCAGUGGCAGACAAAAAAGGGAGAUCAAUAGAUGUAUCUGAUCUUGAGGUUCUACUCCGCGGUUGCACUCAGUUGGAAUCAAUGGUCCUGAUGUUUGAUGUGUCUACAUUCUUGCGCCACACUUUUGCUCGGGUAUGGUCUCUGGCCCCUGCCUCGCUUUCUUCACUGCAAGUUGGGUACAUUUCUUCAGUCAUGGUGACUGAACUGCUUAGUCCUCCCAUGGUUCCACAGCAGUCACUUAAUCGUAUCCAACCACCUGUGUUGCCAGGAAUACAGAAGCUAUGCCUUUCGGUGGACUACAUCACUGACACUAUGAUUAAUACAAUAUCCAAAAAUCUCAACACAUUGACCUAUUUGGAGCUUCAAGAUUCGCCCAUAAUGGAACCACGAGUGGCAUUUGACCUUACGAAUGCAGGCCUUCAACAGAUGAACCCACAUGGAAACCUAAAGCACCUCUCUUUAAUAAGAAGGCAUGAUAUUAUUCCUGCAUAUUUCAAGAGAGUUAAUGAUCUGGGGAUUCUUCUUAUGGUUGACAGGUGCUCGAGCAUGGAAAGUAUUUGUCUAGGUGGUUUCUGCCAGGUUACGGAUACAGGAUUCAAGACACUUUUACAUUCAUGUGCAAAUUUAUUUAAUUUUAGGGUGUCACAUGGACCACUAUUGACAGAUCUUGUCUUUCACGAUAUUGGCGCAACUUCCCUGACUCUCACUCAUGUCAGUUUAAGGUGGUGUAAUCUUUUGACGAACUGUGUAGCUGGACUACUAGCAUCCAACACGAAUCUCAGUGUGCUUGACCUAAGAAAGUGUAGAAACCUUGGGGAUGAAGCGCUUCGAGCCUUCAGUUCGCUUCCAAAGUUAAAGGUUUUGCUCAUAGAUGGUUGUGAUAUAAGUGAUGCUGGAAUAUCCCACUUAUCAAAAGGUGUUGUGAGUUCUCUUGUUUCACUGUCCGUCAGAGGAUGCAAGAGGCUCACAGACAAAUGUAUUUAUUAUCUCUUUGAAGGAUCUUCCAACCAGGAAUUGAAAGAACUGGACUUGUCAAAAAUUCCCAAUCUUUCUGAUGCCGGAAUACUUUCACUUGUGAAGAGCCGGGUACCUAUAUUUGAGCUGAGGAUGCGACAUUGUCCUUUGAUAGGAGAUAAUUCAGUUAUUAUGUUAGCUUCCAUGAAGUUUGAUGAUGAGGAUGGGGGGUGGCAGGGAAGUAGGUUAAGGCUGUUGGACCUUUAUAAGUGUGGCAAUAUAACUCAACUUUCAUUCCUGUGGUUCAAGAAGCCCUACUUCCCAAGACUAAGAUGGUUGGGAGUGCGUGGAGGUGGAAACAGGUAUAUGGUGGAUGCCUUGGUCCGAAAUAGACCAUACUUGCAUGUCGCUUGGCUUGGGGAGGAGCUGGGUAUCAUCAACCAGUGCGGUACAUCAGAUGAUCAGUACAUGCAGGAUUAUGACGAAGUUGAUGAACUGGAGCAGAUGCUUGACGAUGAGAGUGAUGAAGAAAUGGAAGUAGGUGCUGGCUAGCUAGCUUCAAAUGUUGUACAGAGGCAGGCGUGCAAGUGGAAUUUGGUUAUCUGUACGUGUACAUGUUUGCGGUUAUGGGUUGUCCUGUAUUCAAUUUAAUCUUCAACCUAACGAGGCCGGCUGUGCAAGUUCAGUGGGUUGACUACUACUCGUUCAUCCUCUCGCUCUAUAUACAGAGUACUUUUUCUUUGUGGUGGUUUGGUGGAGCAGAAAAUAUAUAUGGAGAAGAAAUUUAACAUAACUAUUGAUUGGCGUUGACACCACUUGACUUACCGAUUAAUGGUUGCCAUGCUAUUUCACAUGCUUACACCAUAAAUUGUCCGGGUUCGAGAGAGGGGCGAUCCCGUAGGAUUCUACAUUUGGUCUAGAGUUCAUUUGGUGCUUCACAUAGAAAGUCCUAGAAAUAGGUUCCUUUGAAUUCAGUUGAACUUUUCUCAGUCCAAUGAAUCAAUUGAAAAAGUUCCUCCGAAGCCUUCCGUCGAGAAAUGCAUAAUGCAUUGUUUGCAAACAAACACUUGUUAUGGAUGAAUUAAUAUUGUAUGUACGU